AUGAAGCUUGGAAAGACAAGAAGCUCAAAGGACCAUCACCAGAGAGGAGAUGAGCCCGCCAUCCUGGACACCGAGGAUCUGGAUGGGGGGGACGUGCACCUGGGAGGGGCUCCUGACCCCGACACCAUCUCGCUGGCCUCCGUCACCGCUGUCACCACCAACGUCUCCAAUAAGAGAUCUAAGCCUGAUAUCAAGAUGGAGCCCAGUGCUGGGAGGCCAAUGGAUUAUCAGGUUAGCGUGACCAUCAUUGAGGCUCGACAGCUGGUGGGACUCAACAUGGAUCCUGUGGUCUGUGUGGAGAUCGGGGAUGAGAAGAAGUACACCAGCAUGAAGGAGUCAACGACCUGCCCCUACUACAAUGAGUACUUUGUCUUUGACUUCCAUGUGCCUCCAGAUGUCAUGUUUGACAAGAUUUUAAAGCUGUCGGUGAUCCACUCCAAAAACCUCCUACGCAGUGGAACGCUGGUUGGACAGUUCAAACUGGAUGUUGGCACCGUCUAUGCACAGCCUGAGCACCAGUUCUACCACAAGUGGGCCUUCCUGUCUGACCCUGACGACAUCACUGCCGGGUGCAAGGGCUAUAUCAAGUGUGACAUUGCGGUGAUGGGGAAGGGGGAUAACAUCAAAACCCCACACAAGGCCAACGAGACGGACGAGGACGACAUAGAGGGGAACCUCUUGUUGCCAGAAGGCGUUCCAGCGGAACGUCAGUGGGCACGCUUCUACCUGAAGAUCUACAGGGCUGAAGGGCUGCCCAAGAUGAACACCAGCAUCAUGGCCAACGUCAAGAAGGCCUUUAUUGGAGAGAACAAAGACCUGGUGGACCCCUACGUGCAAGUGUUUUUUGCAGGACAGAAGGGGAAGACCUCGAUUCAGAAGAGCAGCUAUGAGCCCAUCUGGAAUGAGCAGAUCAUUUUCACCGAGAUGUUUCCACCUCUCUGCAAGCGGAUGAAGGUGCAGAUCCGUGAUUCGGACAAAGUGAACGAUGUAGCCAUCGGGACUCACUUCAUCGACCUGCGCAAGAUCUCCAAUGAUGGAGACAAAGGCUUUCUCCCGACACUGGGCCCCGCCUGGGUGAACAUGUACGGCUCCACGCGGAACUACACCCUGAUGGACGAGCACCAGGACCUGAACGAGGGCCUAGGAGAGGGCGUGUCCUUCCGGGCACGGCUCCUGGUCAGCCUGGCCGUGGAGAUCCUGGACACCACCUCCCCAGACGUCGUGAGCUCCACCGAGGUGCAGGUGGAGGGCGUCCCCAACAUCUCAGAGAAUGCUACUGGGAAGAUUGAGGAGUUCUUUCUCUUUGGAGCCUUCCUGGAGGCCACCAUGAUUGACAGGAAGAUUGGAGACAAACCCAUCAGCUUUGAAGUGACAAUAGGUAACUGUGGAAACCAGAUUGAUGGGGUGACCAAGCCAAAGAUGGCCAGGAGGAAGAAGGAGGGUGGAGAGAGCGAUGAGGAAGAAUCAGAGCUCAUCCAGGCGUGCAGCGAUGACGAGACGGAGGAUGACCGGGACUUUGUUUCGGUCUCCUCCACCCCGCCCAUGAAGCCGGUCAUCACUGACAGGAAUUAUUUCCAUUUGCCUUACUUUGAGAAUAAGCCCUGCAUUUACAUCAAGAGCUGGUGGCAGGACCAGCGCAGACGACUUUACAAUGCCAACAUCAUGGAUCAGAUCGCUGAUAAGCUGGAGGAGGGGCUGAAUGACGUCCAGGAGGUGAUUAAGACAGAGAAGGCGUAUCCCGAGCGCCGGCUGAGAGGCGUCCUAGAGGAGCUCAGUGAGGGCUGCAGUCGUUUCUUAACACUGGCCAACAAGGACCAGAACCAGGCUGGGAGAACGAAGUUGGACCGAGAAAGACUCAAAUCCUGCAUGAGGGAACUGGAAAAUAUGGGCCAGCAGGCGAAGAUUAUCCGUUCUCAGGUGAAGAAAAACACGUUCAAAGAGAAACUCAAGCAGGUUCAGAACUUUCUCCAGAAACUGCGUUUCUUGGCAGAUGAGCCCCAGCACAGCAUUCCUGAUAUCUACAUCUGGAUGAUGAGCAACCAGAAGCGCAUUGCGUAUGCCCGCGUCCCCUCCAAGGACAUCCUGUACUCCACAGUGGAGGAAGAGACAGGGAAGGACUGCGGAAAAGUAAAAACCAUCUUCUUCAAGCUCCCGGGUAAGAAAGGCUUUGGGUCGGCCGGCUGGACGGUGCAGGCCAAGACGGAGCUCUACCUCUGGCUGGGCCUCAACAAGCAGCGCAAGGACUUCCUUAGUGGCCUGCCCAACGGCUUCGAGGAGAACAAGGCCGUGAAGGGGCCCGGCAUGCAGUCCUCUCCCCCGAUCAGCCUCACCUACACCAUGAAACAGGUGUUCCAGCUGAGGGUACACAUGUAUCAGGCCCGCAGCCUGUUCGCGGCCGACAGCACCGGCUUGUCUGACCCCUUCGCCAGGGUCUUCUUCUCCACGCACAGCCAGGUCACCGAGGUGCUGAAUGAGACCCUGUGCCCGACGUGGGACCAACUGCUGGUGUUCGAUAACGUGGAGCUGUACGGCGAGGCCAACGAGCUGCGGGACGACCCCCCUAUCAUCGUCAUCGAGAUCUACGACCAGGACACCGUCGGCAAGGCCGAGUUCAUGGGCAGGACGUUCGCCAAACCCAUCACCAAGAUGGCGGACGAGGACUACGGGCCUCCCCGUUUCCCGCCCCAGCUGGAGUAUUACCAGGUUUACCGCGGCAACUGCACGGCGGGGGACCUGCUGGCGGCCUUCGAGCUGCUGCAGCUUGGUAUCGGUGGAAGAGCUGACCUGCCCCCCAUCGACGGCCCCACAGACAUGGACCGCGGCCCCAUCCUCCCAGUCCCCCUGGGCAUCAGACCCGUUCUCAGCAAGUACAGGAUCGAGGUGUUGUUUUGGGGGCUGAGGGACCUGAAGAGAGUCAACCUGGCCCAGGUGGACCGGCCCCGGGUGGAUAUAGAAUGUGCCGGAAAAGGGGUCCAGUCUGCCCUUAUCCAGAACUACAAGAAAAACCCGAAUUUCAGCACCCUGGUCAAGUGGUUCGAGGUGGACCUCCCCGAAAAUGAGCUCCUGCACCCUCCCCUGAAUAUCCGUGUGGUGGACUGUAGGGCCUUCGGCCGCUACACGCUGGUGGGGUCUACCGCUGUCACCACCCUCCGAAAGUUCAUCUACAGGGCGGCGGACAAGAGCGCCAACAACUGGUCAGCUGCAGAGGAAAUAGUCAUUAACACGGAGCCCGAGCCUCACAUCAAGAAGGUGGAGACGGUGGUGAAGCUGGACUCUACUUCUGAUGCGGUGGUGAAGCUGGAUGUGUCUGAUGAUGAGAAGGGAAAGAAGAAGAAGAGGAAGAAGGGGGAGGGGGAGGUGGAGGAGGAGGAGCUGGACGAGAGCAUGCUGGACUGGUGGUCCAAGUACUUCGCCUCCAUCGAAACUCUGAUGGAGAUGCUGCGGGCCCAGGAGGCACUCAUGGGAGAUGCGGAGGAGAGGGAGGACAUGGACAAUGACUCUCCCAUAAAAGGGUCCAAGGGGAAAGAGAAAGGGAAGGAAAAAUCCAAAGGUGGCAAGAAGAAGGCCCAGGCGGGGGAGGGGCCAGAGCGGCGGAAGGCGAAAAUCGAUGAGCUGCAGGUGUACAACAAAGAGCUGGAGCAGGAGUUUGAUGGCUUUGAGGACUGGCUUCACACCUUCAACCUGUACCGAGGAAAGAGCGGGGACGACGACGACCAGAGCGUGCCUGAUGAGGACCGCCUCAUCGGCCGCUUCAAAGGCUCCUUGUGUAUGUACAAAAUUCCAAUUGCCGAUGACAUCACCAGAGAACCGGGCUACGACCCCAGCAUGGGAAUGUUCCAGAACAUUCCGCACAAUGACCCCGUCAACGUCCUUGUCCGCGUCUAUGUCAUCAGGGCAACAGACCUGCACCCAGCAGACAUCAAUGGGAAGGCGGAUCCUUACAUUGCCAUUAAGCUGGGGAAGUCCGAAGUCAAAGACAAAGAGAACUACAUCUCCAAACAGCUGAACCCAAUCUUUGGAAAGUCCUUUGACGUAGAGGCCACCUUCCCCAUGGAGUCCCUGCUAACGGUGUCAGUCUACGACUGGGAUUUAGUGGGAACUGAUGAUCUCAUUGGCGAGACCAAAAUCGACCUGGAGAACCGUUACUACAGCAAGCACAGAGCCACCUGUGGAAUUGCGUCAAACUACGCCAUACACGGCUACAACGUGUGGAGGGACCCCAUGAAGCCGACCCAGAUCCUGACCAAACUGUGCAAGGAUGGAAAGCUGGACGGGCCUCAUUACGGCCCUGGGGGCAGAGUGAAGGUGGCCAACCGAGUCUACCUGGGACCGACCGAAAUCGAAGACGAGAACGGUCUGAAGAAGCAGACGGACGAGCACCUGGCCCUGACGGUGCUCAGGCACUGGGAGGACAUGCCGCGGGUGGGCUGCAAGCUGAUACCCGAGCAUGUGGAGACCCGACCCCUGCUGAACCCAGACAAGCCAGGGAUCGAGCAGGGCAGAAUUGAAAUGUGGGUGGACAUGUUCCCCAAGGAUAUGCCGGCACCUGGGCCUGCUAUUGACAUCUCACCCAGGAAGCCCAAGAAAUUCGAGCUGAGGGUGAUCGUCUGGAACACGGAUGAGGUCGUUCUGGAGGACGAUGACAUCUUCACUGGAGAAAAAUCCAGCGACAUUUUCGUGCGAGGUUGGCUGAAAGGUCAGCAGGAGGACAAACAGGACACAGACGUCCACUACCACUCGCUCACAGGAGAGGGCAACUUCAACUGGCGCUUCGUCUACCCGUUCGACUACCUGCUGGCCGAGGAGAAGAUCGUCAUGUCCAAGAAGGAGUCCAUGUUCGCCUGGGACGAGACCGAGUACAAGAUCCCCGCUCGGCUCAACCUGCAAGUGUGGGAUGCCGACCACUUCUCGGCAGACGACUUCCUGGGGGCGAUUGAGCUGGACCUGAACCGGUUCCCCCGUGGAGCGAAAACGGCAAAACAGUGCUCCAUCGACAUGGUGCUGAACGAGCAGGAGAUGCCCAUGGUGUCCAUCUUUAAGCAGAAGAGGAUCAAAGGCUGGUGGCCCUUCGUUGCCCGGGAUGAAAAUGACGAGCUGGAGCUCACGGGCAAAGUAGAGGCAGAGCUGCACCUCAUGACUGCCGAAGAGGCGGAGAAGAAUCCCGUCGGCCUGGGACGCAAUGAGCCAGAACCCCUGGAGAAACCAAAUCGUCCCGACACCACCUUCCUCUGGUUCAUCAGCCCAUUAAAAGCAAUCCGUUACCUCAUCUGCACCCGCUACAAGUGGCUGGUCAUUAAGAUCGUGCUGGCCCUGCUGGUGCUGGCAAUGCUAGGGCUCUUCAUCUACAACAUGCCGGGCUACAUGGUGAAGAAGCUUCUCGGGGCCUGA